AUGAAUUUAACUGUACUUCAAGCCAUUCCCAACAGACAGUUGCUGUUUUGCACCUUUUACUCCAUCUCCAUCUUCUCUUGCUUCUCCACAGUGUACCCAGAUCUUUGUAACAUCAGCCUGGCAGCUGUGGGAGAUACUGAGAAGCACAAAGACCGCAUUGCAUUCUGGGAUGACGUGUACGGCUUCAACAUGGGCUGCAUGAAGAAGGCCGUGGUGCCCGAGGCGGUGGUGGAAGUGCUGAAAGCGGACACGCUCAUAUCAGAACCUGCAGUCAUACAGACGUUCGACUGUAACAGCGUGUGUCUGUCCGAACUGGAGUUUGCAUCCGAUUUCUGCUUGAAGAUAACAAACACUACAGAGUGCACGGCAAUUGUCGGCUACUUUGACAUUUUCUUCGACAAAGGCUGCAGCAACAAGGUGAUGUUCUCCACAGGUCCUCAGGUCACAAAGACACACUGGAAACAGACUGUCUUCCUUCUGGAGAGGCCUGUUUCUGUCCAAGCAGGAGAGGAGCUCCAGGGGAAGAUCAUGGUCCGUAAAAACAAGAAGGAUCCUCGCUCACUGUUGGUCACCUUUGACCUCCGAGACAGGAAGCAGACUUACAGCCUUCAAUAGCGUCGGCCGUCACGUGGUACAUCAACAGACCAAUACAGGCAACUUUUUAAGUUCUGUUCCCACAAAAUGUUAGGAUUGUUUCUCUUUCUUGUAAUAAAAAAACAAAGUCAUUUGA